GUUUAAUUAUUGAUUAUAAUUUUUGUUGUUGCAGAGACCAUGUCUGCUCCGGUAACCGAUCAUGAUCGGAGAAAGCAGAUUUCCGUCCGACAUAUCGCGCAGGUUGAGAAUGUUGCUAAUGUAAAGAAGAGCUUUACUCGUCAUCUUCACUAUACUCAAAUCAAGGAUAGGCACGUUGCUACACCCAGGGAUUACUACCUGGCGCUGGCAGACACUGUUAAGGAUCAUCUAGUCUCAAGAUGGAUCAAGACCCAGCAAUACUACUAUGAAACUGAUCCCAAGAGGGUUUACUACUUGUCCCUGGAGUUCUACAUGGGUAGGUCCCUCACCAACACCAUGAUCAACCUCGGCAUUCAGGGAGCUUGUGAUGAAGCUCUUUACCAGCUUGGCCUGGACAUAGAGGACCUGGAGGAGAGUGAAGCAGAUGCUGGUCUUGGAAAUGGAGGCUUGGGUCGAUUAGCCGCUUGUUUCCUUGAUUCUAUGGCUACCCUAGCCAUGCCAGCGUAUGGCUAUGGUAUCAGAUACGAGUAUGGUAUUUUCUCGCAAAAGAUUGAAAGCUUUGAACAGGUGGAGGAGCCUGAUGAUUGGCUGAGGUACGGCAACCCUUGGGAGAAAGGGAGGCCUGAGUACACCGUUCCGGUGAACUACUACGGUCAUGUAGAGGAAGAGAAUGGGAAGAGGAAGUGGGUCAACACACAGGUUGUGCUAGCAAUGCCCUACGACAACCCUAUCCCUGGGUAUAUGAACAAUGUUUGCAACACCCUCAGGUUAUGGUCUGCUAAGUCUCCUCUUCACUUCAACCUGAAAGUAUUCAAUACUGGAGAUUAUAUUCAGGCUGUCCUGGAUAGAAAUAUAGCUGAGAAUAUAUCCAGAGUUCUCUACCCCAACGACAACAUGUUUGAGGGGAAGGAGUUGAGGUUAAAGCAGGAGUACUUCCUCUGUGCUGCCACCCUUCAUGAUGUUGUCAGGCGCUUCAAGCAUUCCAAGUUUGGAACUAAGGAAUUGGCCCGAACUGACUUCAGCCAUAUGCCAGACAAAGUGGCCAUCCAGUUAAAUGACACCCAUCCCGCCCUCGCUAUCCCGGAGCUAAUGAGGAUCCUUGUGGACGAGGAGAACCUCGAGUGGGCCGAGGCCUGGGAUAUUUGUGUUCGAUGCUGCGCGUACACAAACCAUACUAUACUGCCUGAAGCCCUAGAGAGGUGGCCUGUAUCUAUGCUUGAAUCCAUUCUUCCCAGGCAUCUUGAGAUUAUCUAUCUGAUAAACUAUCUUCAUAUGGAGGAAGUUAAAAGGAAGUACGGAGAUGACUGGGAAAAGAUGAAGCAGCUGUCUUGUGUGGAGGAGGAAGGAGGAAAGAGGGUUAAUAUGGCGCAUUUGGCAAUCAUUGGAAGUCACGCUGUAAAUGGUGUUGCUGCCAUUCACUCAGAUCUGAUUAAGAAAACUCUUUUCAAGCCCUUCUAUGAACUGUGGCCCCACAAGUUCCAGAACAAAACCAACGGAAUCACGCCGAGAAGAUGGUUGCUUCUGUGCAACCCUUUGCUUGCUGACGUCAUCAGUGACAAAAUCGGCGAUCAAUGGCCGAUUUAUCUCGACCAGCUCGUGAAGCUGAAGGAGUUUGCAGAUGAUGAAGGAUUCCAAAGAGAAGUGAUGAAAGUGAAGCAGGAUAAUAAGAACAAGUUGGCUGAGCUACUUAGAGAACUCACAGGAGUUGAUAUCAACCCUAACAGUAUCUUCGAUAUACAGGUUAAGCGUAUCCAUGAGUACAAGCGUCAGUUGCUAAACAUUCUUCAUAUUAUUACCAUGUACAACAGGAUAAAGAGUAACCCUGCUGCUCCGUUUGUUGCUCGAACUGUGAUGAUCGGAGGAAAGGCUGCUCCAGGCUACUACAUGGCCAAGCAGAUCAUCAAGCUCUUCAACAUGGUCGGAGAGGUUGUAAACAACGAUCCUGUUGUUGGUGAUAAACUCAAGGUCGUCUUCCUUGAGAACUACAGGGUGACCCUGGCAGAGAAGAUUAUGCCAGCUGCUGAUCUUUCAGAACAGAUUAGUACAGCUGGAACUGAAGCUAGUGGGACUGGAAACAUGAAGUUUAUGCUGAAUGGAGCUCUGACUGUUGGAACACUAGAUGGAGCCAAUGUUGAGAUGGCUGAGGAGAUGGGGAUGGAUAACAUCUUCAUUUUCGGAAUGAACGUUGAUGAAGUUGAGAAGGAAGCCGCAAAUUAUGACGCCAUGAAGUACUACAACUCAAUUCCAGAACUAAAACAGGUGAUGGAUAUGAUUAAAGCUGGUUUCUUCUCUCAUGGAAACCCGGAUACAUUCAAGGAUGUUACAGAUAAUCUUCUUUACCAUGACAGGUUUUUGACCCUGGCGGAUUAUGAGGCGUAUAUCUCCGCCCAGGAUCAAGUAUCCGCCGCGUAUAUGGAUACCAAGAGGUGGGCUAAGAUGGCAAUUCAUAAUAUUGCCAGCAGCGGGAAGUUUAGCUCAGACAGAACAAUAUCCGAGUAUGCUCGUGAGAUCUGGGGAGUUGAACCUAACCGAGAGAAGCUGCCUGAUCCUCAUGGCAAGGAUGGUUCUCCGGAAGCGUGAAUAUCCCCCCUUCAAUCCUCCUUAAAAUAAGGGGGGUCCCUACUUACACCUUAAAUAUAAGAUCUGUUCUGCCAUAACUCGUAUUUGUUUUCGCAAUUUCUCUAAUCGACAAUUUUCAAUUUUGAAAGUUUUGUCUGAAAUAUUCGUGAUUAAAUAAUAUUAAUGUUCAGCUUAGCAAGCUCACAAGUAUCGUAGUCGGCUGAUAGUAGAUAAAUGUUUUUAAUUUAUAGAUGAUAAUUUUAUUCAUUUUAGAACUUAUGUUUAACGUUUUUAUGUAAACUUUACGUAUUGUGGAAUUAAAAUAAAGCUUGUUAUGAAUUA